UCGAAUAAGGUCAUUUACACUGUCUCCCCAUUGAAAUCAAUUGAAACUGACCCUUUCCCCCAUGGACAUCAAUUAAAUCAGCACAAACAUUUUCAGCAUCACUAUUUUGACAUCCAGGAGGUACAUGAAGCCAAUUCAUGCCCACCAAGGCUCACCCUCUCGGCUUCAGACGAUUCGGCAGAGGGCCUGGUUCUUACACCCUCUCCCGAAAAAUACUUAGUCGUUUUUUCAACAAAAAAUUUUUCUGCAUCACUUUUUGGACCUCCAGGCACUACAUAGAGCUGAUUUAUGCCCACCAAGGCGCACCCUCUCGGCCUCAGCCGGUUGGGCGGAGGGCCUGGUUCUUACACCCUCUCCCGAAAAAUACUUAGUCGUUUUUUCAACAAAAAAUUUUUUGCAUCACUUUUUGGACCUCCAGGCACUACAUAGAGCUGAUUUAUGCCCACCAAGGCUCACCCUCUCGGCCUCAGCCGGUUCGGCAGAGGGCCUGGUUCUUACACCCUCUCCCGAAAAUUACUUUGUCAUUUUUUCACACUUUUUGAUCAUUCCUCCAGGCCCUUUGUGUUAUGUAUCAUGCCCGCAGGUGUCACACACCUCGGCUAAUGACACUGACACUGUCCCCAUCACACUUACUGGUUCUUAGUGCACCUCCAGGGGCCUGGGGCAAGUUGUCCAUGCCCAGGCAGGUGUCACUCAUCCCGGCUUAUGACAAUGACUUUGUACCCAUCACACUUAAUGGUUCUUUAAGCACUUCCAGGGGCCUGGGGGCAAGUUGUCCAUACCCAGGCAGGUGUCACUCACCCCGGCUUAAUACACUGACACUCUACCCAUCAUACUUACCUGUGGUAUCAGCACAUCCAGGGGCCUGGGGCAAGUUGUCCAUGCCCAGGCAGGUGUCACUCACCCCGGCUUAAUACACUGACACUCUACCCAUCAUACUUACCUGUGGUAUCAGCACAUCCAGGGGCCUGGGGCAAGUUGUCCAUGCCCAGGCAGGUGUCACUCACCCCGGCUUAAUACACUGACACUCUACCCUUCAUACUUACCUGUUGUAUCAGCACCUCCAGGGGCCUGGGGCAAGUUGUCCAUGCCCAGGCAGGUGUCACUCACCCCGGCUUAAUACACUGACACUCUACCCAUCAUACUUACCUGUGGUAUCAGCACAUCCAGGGGCCUGGGGCAAGUUGUCCAUGCCCAGGCAGGUGUCACUCACCCCGGCUUAAUACACUGACACUCUACCCAUCAUACUUACCUGUGGUAUCAGCACAUCCAGGGGCCUGGGGCAAGUUGUCCAUGCCCAGGCAGGUGUCACUCUCCCCGGCUUAAUACACUGACACUCUGCCCAUCACACUUACCGGUUCUUUAAGCACCUCCAGGGGCCUGGGGCAAGUUGUCCAUGCCCAGGCAGGUGUCACUCUCCCCGGCUUAAUACACUGACACUCUGCCCAUCACACUUACCGGUUCUUUAAGCACCUCCAGGGGCCUGGGGCAUGUUGUCCAUGCCCAGGCAGGUGUCACUCACCCCGGCUUAAUACACUGACACUCUACCCUUCAUACUUACCUGUGGUAUCAGCACAUCCAGGGGCCUGGGGCAAGUUGUCCAUGCCCAGGCAGGUGUCACUCACCCCGGCUUAAUACACUAACACACUACCCUUCAUACUUACCUGUUGUAUCAGCACAUCCAGGGGCCUGGGGCAAGUUGUCCAUGCCCAGGCAGGUGUCACUCUCCCCGGCUUAAUACACUGACACUCUGCCCAUCACACUUACCGGUUCUUUAAGCACCUCCAGGGGCCUGGGGCAAGUUGUCCAUGCCCAGGCAGGUGUCACUCUCCCCGGCUUAAUACACUGACACUCUGCCCAUCACACUUACCGGUUCUUUAAGCACCUCCAGGGGCCUGGGGCAUGUUGUCCAUGCCCAGGCAGGUGUCACUCACCCUGGCUUAAUACACUGACACACUACCCUUCAUACUUACCUGUUGUAUCAGCACAUCCAGGGGCCUGGGGGCAAGUUGACCAUGCCCAGGCAGGUGUCACACACCCCGGCUUAUGACACUGUCACUGUCCCCGUCACACUUACCUGCUGUUGAAGCACCUUCGAACUCUCCAGCCCAGGUGGCCCGUGGUCCGGAGAUAGGAUCCCGUGAAAAACCGAUUCUUCCGCCGGCCAUAUCUCCCGAAGGGGACCACCUAUGGGCUCUGGGUUGGUCUCGUUGGAAAGUCCGCAGCAAGACCUUUCCAACGAGCCCGGCCACACGUUCCUGGGUGGUUCCUUCCCGGAUACAGCGGCUCUGGACCGCCCGACGUCCCACGGACGUUUCUCCCGGACCGGACACAGCACAGACUCCGGGUUGGUCGCGUUCGAACCGGCCUUCUGAGUCCUUUCAGACGAGCCAACCCCCACCUCCCUACUCCGUUGUCGCGCGGAGCGGCGGCCGCUCCAGCCUUCAGGUGGACGUGACGGAUUACGUUUGGGGCUCUACCUCCCGAACCGGACCGACCCCGGACCCCGUUACAGGCUCAUCCGACGCGGCUCGAAGGGACCCUUCGAUUGAGCCCUGGACCGUCUCUGUAGUCCUCCGGGUCUCAGAGAUACGGGCCUUGGAUUACACCCUCUCCGGAAAACGACUCUUUCGACGGCCGUAUCUCCGGAACGGAGAGGCCCCGGGACACCAAAUUCGGGGCCCUUACACAUCUCGACGAGCCCUUUCCAACGACACCGGCCCCGACCCUCUAGCCCCUCGGGGGCCCGAGAUAGCAUUUUGCACAUUUGAGCCUCUAGCUCCAGAACCGGAAGUGCCACCGGGUAGAGACCGGCCUCAUUCGAAAGGCACGCCCGAGACCUUUCCAACGAGCCCGGCCUCGUCUCUCUAGCCCACCGGGUCCCCGAGAUAUCGUACGACGCGACCUCCGCGUCCAAAGGGCUGUCGCCCGUGUCAACAUGGCCGUCCAAGUUGGCCGCAAUUAAACAUUGUUUCAACGGCGUAUAUCCUAACCUUAACCAGGACGCUCAUACUGACGCCGGGAAAGCUCGUACCUUCGACGGACAUCGCAGCGGCGGCCCGGCCAUUCGACGCCUGCUCGACGUCACACACGUGAGUAUACACCAUCCAUCCAUCCGUCAAUGCAUCCACAGCAGUAACACAAGUCUCCUAACCCAUGUCUCUUCUUAUCUCCUCCCAGGGUUUCGCACGACUUCAGCGGGCGCAGAGGGACAGGCUGAGUCGCUACAUGUGCCACCACCCGGACACGGCUGCGCAGUUCUACGUCGCAGACCAGACGGCCAAGGAGGCAUGCAAGGCCCGAAAACAUGCCCUAAAAGCACUUGGAAUAAAGCCUUAAACACCGUUCAAUGUUAUAAAU